CAAAUUGAUAUUUACUUUCAGGUGCAGGGCCUAACAGGCAGAUAAUGAUCUUCACAUCAGGAACCUCAUCUGUGUAAGAGGACCAAGCCUGUAUUGAUAGUGUGAUGAAUAUGCCAUUGCAUCGAAUCUCUGUAAUUCCAGCCCGGGAUGUUACUUUUUCCAAAGUUAAUAAGAGCAAGGUCAAAGGGAAAGAACAGACUGGCAGUUCUGCCACUGUUUCUGCUCCUCACAGUUUCUCUCAGACAUCUGUUACGCCAACCAGUCAGGACAUCUGCAGUUCCAGUGCAGUGUAUUCUGAAUGUUGUCAUCACAGUCCAGUGCAAUCUGCUGUUGUCUUGAAAAAUCCUGUCUGCCAGAAUUCUCUGACUCAAGGGUCCACUGUGACAGUAAUCUGUCAGGAUAUGGUGCAGGCUUCCAAGAAAGAUCUCCAUGAGCAUGAUUGUGUCCAUGGUCUCAAGGCUAAGAAUGGAAAAACUACCCAAGCUCUGAAAUUCUCCAAGUCUCUCAGUGAUAUGGACCAGAAGGCUCAGAGCACCACCCAAAGCUUUAGCUACGCGGAGCGAACAUGUUCAGAAGGCAAACUGACACAAACUCAGGAGCAGUGUCUAAGUCUUAACACAUUUUAUCACAAAGAGAAGAAAACAUUCAGUCUCAGGCCCUUUACUUUUAGUAAUUCCAAACUCUAUUUCCAGUCGCUUUCCACCAAUUACGCAAGCACCUCUGGGGCUAGUGCUAACAACAGUGCAGUCCAUAUUCCUCUCCUGGAGGACAAGUGUGACAACGAAAUGUCCCGGAGGAAAAAAUUGCUGCACUGCCUUUUCUCCUUCUCUCGUAGCACCAGUGCAUGCAUUCAGGAAUUGGAUAACUACUCGGGCUUCCUCCAGCCAGAAAAAUCAUCCAGUGUGAUGAUAGAGAGCACAGGUUUCUGUUCAGAUGACAUGGGAGAUGAUGAUGUCUUUGAGGACAGUUCCUCUGUGAGGCUGAAAAUUACAGACCAGCGGGCACCACUUUGUUCAGUUGAAAAGGAUAGUGACCUAGACUGCCCUUCUCUCUUGUCAGAAAAAUUUUCCCCGCUUUCCCCUGUAUCUGUAUCUGGGGAUGCCUGCAGGAUAUGCCAUUGUGAAGGAGAUGAUGAGAGCCCUCUAAUUACUCCCUGUCACUGCACAGGAAGUCUUAAUUUUGUGCAUCAGGCAUGUCUACAGCAGUGGAUCAAGAGCUCAGACACCCGCUGCUGUGAACUCUGCAAAUAUGAAUUCAUCAUGGAGACCAAAUUGAAACCUUUAAGAAAAUGGGAGAAGCUGCAGAUGACAGCUAGUGAACGGAGGAAGAUCAUGUGUUCUGUAACUUUCCAUGUAAUUGCUAUCACUUGCGUGGUUUGGUCUCUGUAUGUUCUCAUAGAUCGAACUGCUGAAGAGAUUAAACAAGGGGAGUCCACUGGUAUUCUAGAGUGGCCAUUUUGGACUAAACUAGUGGUUGUGGCUAUUGGUUUCACUGGAGGAAUUCUGUUCAUGUAUGUUCAGUGCAAAGUCUACAUACAGCUGUGGAAAAGACUUAAGGCUUAUAACCGUGUAAUUUAUGUACAGAACUGUCCAGAAGCAAGCAAGAAAAACAUGUUUGAGAAAACGAUGCUAACUGAGCCAAAUCUCGAAAAUACAAAUGUUCUUGCAAAUCAUCAUGCAGAGACUAACAGUUCACCUUGCACAGAGCCUGAAGACUCCAGGGGAAAUAUUCUCCUUAUCUGACAUACUCUGUUUUCCAUGAAGACUUGCACCAGCCUUGUUUUUGGCCAUUCGAAGUCAACUAAGACAGAGUUGGCAGAGUCUUGUUUUCUUACAAAACAUUUCAGGAUUACUACAGCUGCAUAUCUCAAGAUGCCCUGCGCGAAGGAAUACAGGAUUGAUUACAAGAUGUGUAGAUGAGACAGAACAUGGUUAGGCACUUUAAAGAAUAGUCUUUUUUUGGAGCUCACAUUAAAAGAAAAACUGUGUUCUAAUGGGAUAGUUAAUGCCAUUACUACUUUCAUUACUGUACGAAUUAACUAAAGGCGGCACUUUGGAGUUAAAAUAUGUGCUCAUGCUUUAACUGCACUCUCAAUGCUUGUGUAUAUAUUUAUGUCUAUGUACAUGUACACACAAAUCUAGUAUGUUAGGGAGAGGCCCCCUCCCACAAACUCAUGAGUCUUAUGUAAAUACCACAAUUUGCUCAAGCUGGGAUUUGGCUUCAUAAUGUAAAAAAGGGGUUUUCAAUGCAGUGGGCACUUUUAAUCAUUUCUACUUUAUAAUUUGAAAGAAUUUCAUUUCAAAAUACUCCUUUGAAUUAUUGAAGACCCGUUUCUAAUAGAGAUUUAACCACUUGCCUUAAAACUACAGAAAAGUCAAUUUGGUUUGUAUAUGUAAAGUCCACAGUUUUUCUUAAGCCUACAGUAAAUAAUGUCUUGGCAUUUUUUCUAAGAACAUAUUUUUAAGAGAAUAUUGCACAUGUGAAUUUUGUAACAAAGAAUAAUGGUUAUUGUAAACAAACUGAAUGUUUGAUUUAGCCUAUACAAUGGUUUCAGUGUUCUGAAUGACAUAUCUCGAGUGAUGUCAGCAGACAGCCCAGCAGAUGUAAAUUUCUCAUACAAUGAAGAACAAAGGGAAUUUUGAUGCUGCAUUUUAACUCGUGUACUCCACUGCAUAAGUAAGGGCCAUUGGUUUAUUAUGCUGCUGUUGUGCAUUUCAUCUGUCAUUUCCAUCUUCUAAUUUGAAGAAGAAUGAUUCACAGGAAUUAAUGAAUUGCACAUAUUUCACACAUAUAUGUGCAUAUAUAUGUUUAUGUGUGCGUAUUUACAUGUUUGUCUUGGGAGGAGACAUAUGCUAAUUCCAGUGUGGUUGGAACCUUUGAUUAGUUAAUUGAAUACAAUGUCUAAGAGGGACCACUGGCAUUCUGGGAGAUGACUUUCAUCUAUUUGAGCAUUUGCAAUUCUGGUUUUUAUUUUCCUUUUUUUCUUUCCUUUUCUUUUUUAAUGUUCUGGUUUUGCUCCCAAAUAACUUCUGCAAACUGCAAUCCUCUAGCAGACCAACAAAAACAAUUGUUUUGAUUUUAGACACAAAAGUUAAUGCUUUGAUGAAUGCGAACUUGUUAUCAAACUUAAAUUAACUUUACUACUGUUAAGAGCUUAAAAUGUAUUGUGUAUGAUUUAGUAUUUGAAAUUGUACUGCUGUGUAUACUUAUGACAUUUUAAAUGUACGAACGUCCUAGUUUUGGUUAAAACAAUAAUUGUUGAUAUACUGACACAGAGAAUAGAAUUUCAAACUUAA